UUCCCAAAUUUGGUACGGUCCGACCCGCCCCUUCCCGCGCCACGUGACGUCAUUCCGUUUCCGGCGUCUCGCGCAGUUCCGCCAUGGCCUCCGAGGAAGCGAGCGGUAGCCCUCGUAGGUCUCGGCGGGAGCCGGAGGGGCGCGUCCCGCGACAGGACAAGUAUUCGGUGCUUUUGCCCACUUACAACGAGCGCGAGAACCUGCCGCUCAUCGUGUGGCUGCUGGUGAAAAGCUUCUCCGAGAGUGGAAUCAGCUAUGAAAUUAUAAUCAUAGAUGAUGGAAGCCCAGAUGGAACAAGGGAUGUUGCUGAACAGUUGGAGAAGAUCUAUGGGUCAGACAAAAUUCUUCUAAGACCACGUGAGAAAAAGUUAGGACUGGGAACUGCAUAUAUUCAUGGAAUGAAACAUGCCACAGGAAACUACAUAAUAAUUAUGGACGCUGAUCUCUCACACCAUCCAAAAUUUAUUCCUGAAUUCAUUAGGAAGCAGAAGGAGGGUAAUUUUGACAUUGUCUCUGGAACUCGCUACAAAGGAAAUGGAGGUGUAUAUGGCUGGGAUUUGAAAAGAAAAAUAAUCAGCCGUGGGGCCAAUUUUAUAACUCAGAUUUUGCUCAGACCAGGAGCAUCUGAUUUAACAGGAAGUUUCAGGUUAUACCGAAAAGAAGUCCUACAGAAAUUAAUAGAAAAAUGUGUUUCCAAAGGCUAUGUCUUCCAGAUGGAGAUGAUUGUUCGGGCAAGGCAGUUGAAUUAUACUAUUGGCGAGGUUCCAAUAUCAUUCGUGGAUCGUGUUUACGGUGAAUCCAAGUUGGGAGGAAAUGAAAUAGUUUCUUUCUUGAAAGGAUUAUUGACUCUUUUUGCUACUACAUAAAAAGAAAGUUAUUCAUUAUACUUAUCAUGUUGAUUCAUUUAAACAUAAAAGAAGCCUGGUUGCUGAUUUUUAUAAAAUGUACUCUUAGAGCAUAAAUCAUAAGGUAAGGUAAAUUUCAUACAAAUCUUUUUUCUGAGGAAACUACAUUUUAUAUGUCAAAUUAAAUUAGAAAAACGAGCAGUGUUCUCAAUUUUCACUUGCAUUUUGCUGUAUUAAGACUUGUAAAUAAAUGUAUUUGGUUUUUUUUUUUUUUUUUAUCCCAGAAAAUAUUGCUUUCAUUAGAAUAUGAGUGCAGAAUUUCUUACAUGGGGAAGAUUUUGAAGUAUAUAAAAACUGGAUUCAUAGCUCUUUGUAAUAGUGUCAGAAGUAAGAAAAAUGUUAAUUUUAUUCAUGAAAUAUAUAUGGCUGUUUCUGUAUGAAUGAACAAGUAGACACAUCUGCCCCUUCUUAAAAAAUGUAUCUCAAAUUUCUUAGAUAAAAUAAUAUAUCCAGAUCACAAUUUUAGAAUUUGGCCCUUUGUAGCUGUUGUGUUGAUGAAGCAUUACAUCUGUCAAAGCAAGUCUAUUUAAAAUACAUACUGUGAAUUGGAAACUUGA